AGAGUUUGGAGUUACGACUAAUUGACGAGGUUUCGAAUCUCAUUAUAAAGACAUAAUUUUUGAAAAAAAUUAGGGUUUAACAUCUCGAUCUUUUUCCGUCGCCGGCGCCGGCCAAACUAACUGGUUACUUCAAGCAUGGUAUAUUGCGGUUAUUGUGCAAAAAACAUCAGUCAACCCGAUUAUGCGGAUGGCAAAAUAUGUUGUCCCUUAUGUGGAAGAGUUCUUGAUGAAGACAAUAUUUUAAGCGACCCUACUUUUGUCAAGGAUGCUGCCGGACAGAGCCAAUUGGCAGGAAAGAUUGUGGGUUCUGUCCAAAGUGUCUAUUCAACUUCACGAGAAAGAACACUACGUGAAGCAAAAAAGGGUAUAGAGAGUGUGAUGAGUGCAUUAGGAAUUGAUGGUGGUGAUUCAAUAGCUCAUCCAGCUUUGGCCUUCUAUAGGAUAGCAGUUGAGAGGAAUUUCACAAGGGGACGUAGGAAAGAGCAAGUUGAGGCUGCUUGUGUUUACAUUGUUUGUAGGGAAAGCAAAAAGCCAUUCCUACUCAUUGACUUUUCCGAGUACUUGAGGAUAAAUGUGUAUAUUUUAGGUGCUGUGUUCUUGCAGCUUUGCAAACUUCUAAGCAUUGUAGAUCACCAAUUUAUUCAAAAACCUGUGGAUCCUAGCCUUUUCAUUCAUCGAUUCACUGAUCGUUUAUUUGGGGGAAGGGAGCCAAAUGUUUCUAGAACUGCACUUCUCAUUGUGGCCAGCAUGAAGCGUGAUUGGAUGCAGACAGGGAGAAAGCCAAGUGGGGUAUGUGGAGCUGCACUAUACAUUGCUGCUCUUUCGCAUGGACUGAAUCGUUCUAAAUCAGAAAUUAUUAAAGUUGUACAUAUUUGUGAAGCAACAUUGACCAAGCGUUUGAUUGAAUUUGAAAACACAGAAUCUGGGAGCUUAACGAUUGAGGAGUUCAAUACAAGAGCCCAGGAGCUUGAGAAAGAAGAGAGGCUGGCCCAACAAUUUUGUUCGGGAUCAAAAGGAUCUGGGAUCACAGAAGUGCUAUGUGAACACAAAGAAAGUGUGGAGCUGCCCUUUGCUCAUGGUCUUUGUGAAAGUUGUUACAGUGAUUUUGUAACACUUUCGGGUGGGCUUGAUGGAGGAUCUGAACCUCCUGCCUUCCAAGAUGCUGAGAGGGGAAGAUUAGUGGCAAAAAAAGCUGCUGAGGAUCCAAAAUUUUCCAUGUCCAAUCAGGUGGAGAACAAUGUCACUGAGCAUGAACAGGAAGGGAACACCCAGAGUGUGACCGGGAGUAAAAAUGUGCAGAUAUCAGGGUCUGAGCAAAUAGAUGCAGGGGAAUUCUCAGUGGCUAAAGCUGAGCAUAACAUGACUCAUGAUACAGUACAUGACAUGGAUUGUAUGGGUCCUGAUGAUCAUGAUGAAUCAGGGAACUUCCCUGAUAUUGAUGACGUAGAGAUUGACAUUUAUCUUCUCGAUGAGGAGGCGAAGCGCUGUAAGAAGAUCAUUUGGGAAAAAAUGAACCCGGAAUAUGAGGAAAAAGCAGCUAAUGAAGCAGCUGCAUUAGCUGCAAAGAAGGCUGACGAGUUCAUUUUAGCUAACUGUUCAGAGGAUGUGCAAAAUGCACGAAGGCUUGCUGCUGCUGCUGCUAAUAAUGUUGCAGAAUCAAGAAAGGAAAAACGACAGAAAAGGGCUGCAGAACUGAAAAAUUCUGGUCCUGCUAAAACCCCUUUUGAAGCAACAAAGCAAAUGUUAACUAGAAAGAGGCUAUGCACUAAGAUCAACUAUGAUCUGCUCGAAAAGCUUUUUGAUGAUUCUGAAAUUCUACAGAACCCAAAGAAGAGUCGAAAUGUGGAUGAUUCAACAAAUCAUAACGAGAGCAGCAAAAAUUUUCUGGAAGAAGACGAGAUUUAUGAAGAACCAUUUGUGCAGUAUGAUGAGGAUAUGCGUUACGAUGAGGAUGUUGGAGGAUAUGACUAUGAUCAACACUAUGGUUAUGAUGAUGAAUAUUGAACUAAUCUGCAUUACCUAUGAUUGAUUACCCCUUACAAAAAGAGGACAUGAGAAGUCAGGUAACACAUUUUCCUUCACUUUUGUACUAGGACUUGUUGUUCCUGGUUUGGGUUUUACCCGGUGUCCGAUAACAAGUGUUUCUUUAACUCUAAACUCAGUUAAAUAGGUUCAUAUAAAUUGAAACGAAUCAGUAUUUAGCAUCAUUGUUAAAAGGGUUAUUAUGAAUAUUGUUAGAAUAGUUAAGUUGUAUAUAUUUAGGCUUCCUUUAUAGUCCCACAUUUUUUAUAUAUAUAUA